ACAUCCACACCCCACACACCUUCUUUCCCCACUCUCUGCUUCUCUGUCUUUCACAAACGCGCACAUAAAAACACACACCAACAAAUAUUUUUCACACUUCCCAUAAUCCAUCUUUUCUUCAUUAUUCUAAACUGUCACUAAUCCCACUCCACUUCACUGGUUUUCCCCGACCAGAAUAGUCCCAUCCUAACCAUUCACAUUUUUCUCUCUCUUUAUCUCUCUCUCUCUCUACAUCCGCAUUAAAAAAAACAAUAAUAACAAAGUUUCUUUUCUUUAUUUAACCUUUAUGAUUCUCUGUCUUAUAUUCUUCUGGGUCUUCUGUAAAUCCUUGAUCUAGCUUCUUCGCUUUGUUUCAGUCAAGGAAUUCUCCUCUUUCAUCUGCCUAUAAAUCUACUAAGCAAACACCAAGGACACUCACAAUUUUUUUUUUUAAAACAAAAAUGUCAAUGGACAUGAUGGCAACCGAACGUGUUUGUUAUGUUCACUGCAACUUCUGCAACACCACUCUAGCGGUUAGUGUUCCAUGCAGCAGUUUGCUCACCAUUGUUACGGUUAGAUGCGGACACUGUGCAAAUCUGCUAUCAGUUAACAUGGGAGCAUCACUUCAACCUUUUCCUUCUCAAGAAACUCAGCAUCUUUCUACCGUUGCUAAGUUACAGAGACAGCACCUAAGUGUUCAAGAAGCAUGCAGCAAGGAACUGGGAUCAUCUUCAAAAUGCAAAUCAUUUGAGUCCGUAGAACAUGAGCAACCUAGGAUUCCUCCCAUUCGUCCUCCAGAGAAGAGACAGCGUGUUCCUUCUGCUUAUAACCGGUUCAUUAAAGAGGAAAUACAAAGAAUCAAGGCUAGUAAUCCAGAUAUCAGUCACAGAGAAGCUUUUAGCACAGCUGCAAAAAACUGGGCACAUUUCCCUCACAUUCACUUUGGGUUAAAGCUGGAUGGCAAUAAGCAAGGAAAGUUGGACCAGGGAGAUGCUACUCAAAAGUCUAACGGAUUUUACUGAUUAUAUAUAAAUGGAAGAUUAUUAUUAUCAUCUGUUUUUUUUUUUCUUCUGUGUUUGACCUAAAUCAGUGAAAAAUGAGGUUGAUGAAAUUUCCCAAUCACACAACUGGAACGGAGACUCUACAGAAAAUUGACCUCAGCCUCUUACCCAUGUUUAAAUGUUUAAUAUGAUACACUAUAAGGAUUGUGUUGCGCUUUUUCUAGCUGUUAUGAUAUGAUUGCUAUUCUUGUGAUUGCAUUAAUUACUGUGUUGAACUUAGGCACUCAAGAAAACAAACAUUAUUGUAAGAGUUUCAUUCUCCUAUAAUAACGCCUCGUCCUUUUGUUUUGUAA